AUGGCUUCGUUCCACAACCCGUUUGCUUCGAUAGGGGACUACCGAGACAAGUCUGGAGGCCUUGCAGAUCCUGACGAGGUAUCGUACUCGUAUCUGAGUGGGAUACCAGACGUAAGAACCCUCUUAGACCCUCGAGUCACCAUCAUCUUCAAGAACUUGCUCAAGAAGGAUGCAGUCACACGUGAUAGAGCCCUGAACGAGUUUAUCGAUUUCACGUAUUCGGGCCAGGAAAUAGAUGAUGAAACGCACCUUGCCUUCAUUCAAAUCUAUUCAAAGUUUUCGAUCGACGUUCUCCCGAGCGUCCGCCAAAAGGCUCACGUUGCGCUCAAGUCCCUCUACUCGGUCCUCGGCAAGCGAUCUACAAAGCAUCUACAGUCGUCAGUCGGGCCAUGGCUUGCUGGAACACAUGAUCCCGACCCUACUGUUAGUGCUGCUGCCGAAGAAGCCUGGACCAAAGUGUUUCCAGGUAAACGAGAUCUUGUGAUCAAUAAAAUGCGUCAACCGUUGAUAGAUUUUGUGGACAAUGUGUUGACGGGUAUAACGCCGACGACCAUAAGUGAUAUGAGGUACAUCUCAACCGAAGAUGCUGAUCAGAAGUACUAUCGUGUGGUCAAAACUGCUGUUGACAUUAUUGCCUCUGAGUUGCAUUUUGAAUAUGAUACCGAGGUUCCACACUUUUUGCUAGACGACUCGAUUUGGAAAUUCUUGACUAGCAAAAACCAGUACCUAGUCAAGUCAGUUCUAACGCUGGCUACACCGAUUUCGGCUUCGUUCACUCCUGAACAGCUAGCCGCGUUCUGGAAGAACUUGCUCAAAGCUCUUCGUUCCACGCCUCCGCAGGUAGCAGUGGACGUUUUGAAAUCAUUUGUUGAAAUCACCCGAAAGUAUCCUGACGUGUGGUUCAAGGGGGAGGUUGUGCCUUCUCUUGCGCAAUUUAUUGUCAAUUCGAGCACUAGUUCUCGAUCGAUUUGGCCUCAACUGUUCAACAUCUUUUUGAAGGAGAUUCCUGAAAGCAUUGGUUUCCAACAGGAAUCGACGGCGUCGCUGAUCCUCAAGUCAAUAAGAAAAGUGCUGCCCGAUGUUGUGGGAGAUGCAGAGGCUUCAGCGUGGGGCUGCUAUCUUGCAUUAUGCUCCAAACCUGGGGUGUUUAAAUACAUUGAGCAGGCAAUUGAUGCAACUGCAAAGCGAUGCCUGAAACCUGUGCUGCCUACGUUGUCUGCUUCAUUAGCAGCUCGGUUGAAAGAUCUUGCCAAGGUAGAUGGAAUUGAGCCCGUGGUUGCGAGAAAUUUGGACGGCAACGCCGGGUUUGCAAGAGUGAUUGCUGCCAGUGGUGUGUUUGAUGCUCAACUUCAAAAUGCCAUUGAAAGCCUACCUCCAAAGACAGUUGGCCAAAUUGUCGCGAUGAAGCCUGAUCUCAAGAUCGAUCUCAGUGAGUGGGAGCCUAGUCCUGAACUAUUGGAAGUUGCUCUGCAUUCAUCCACCAUCGACACAGACGCUGUAAUUGAUUGCUUGAUCCCAGAUUUUGCUUCGCUGGUCAUGGAAAAAGCUCGAAAGCUUUCUUGUGUCAACCGUAAUCUCUCCAGCUAUGUCGAUGAGACUUCUCCAUCUUCUCUUCGUGCUGCUAUUUUGGCCCAUGGCAGACUUAUUUAUGAUGAGUGCGCAAUUGAAUACGUCAAUGUGCUUUGUGAGUUGGCGUUAAUUCAUGAUGAUGCUCUAUUUGAACUCGGCAGAGCGGUGUCUGCAGACGAAGAGUUUUGCGUCCCUAUACUACGGGAGAGACACGACUUUUUGGCUUUUAUCAGCAAGUCCGAAAAUCGUUCUGCUGUGCGAAUCCGUGAAAAGCUUGUAUCACAGGACACUGUUGAAACUUUAUUGGCUGAGCUAGAGGGGCCGGUCUCGCCUGAGGAACUGGAUAUGCUCAUUGAGCGUGCUGUUAAAUUGGCAGGCGAUACUGAUUCUGCUAAAGCAAUACUAUAUUGCAACGAAGAGUGGCUCAGUGAUGCGGCUUUAUCUAUUGAGAGGCAAAGUCAAUGGGUUUACGAAAUUGAUUGCUGGCAUUUGACCCGGUUUGAACAGCCCACGGAAUGGUGGCCAGUUGUCAGCCGAGCUUUCUUUAUGUUCCAUGUUUACAAACAAGUGAAAGACAAACUGUUUGGUGUUGAUCGUUUGAAGGUCAUGACCGAGUGCAUUUUGGUCGCAUCAGCCUGUGUUGGUCACGUAUUCAUCGAUCGAGAAUCUGCGCAGACAGAUUUGUGCAAGUCGUAUUUGGCUGAAUUUGAGACGUUUGCGAUAGAUGACCCAUUGUUCGAAUCAGCGUUGUGGGAGAUGACUGAAGGAUUUGGUCCAAGGACUUUCCAUGCUGUACAAACAUGCAGCCAUUUUAUGAGUGAGGAAAGGUUAGUGCAGCUUUCUCAGUCGAGUAGGGAUAGUUUCGCCAUCAAGUCGCUACGGGCUGCCCUAAUUGCUCAGAACAGCGCCAUCGAGCCGGUUCCCUGGUACACGCGGUACCAAAACGACCUGGUCGAUGAUCUCAACCUGUUUACUAUUGCAAUGGCUGAUGUUGCUAUUAUUGGUGAAAAACUGCAGGACAAGUUGCUGGAAAAGAUAAUGAGCGCGACUGGAUCAGAACUUGUGGAGUUUCUCAAAUUGUUGCACCAACUAGAGUAUUACCCUUCAAAUGAGCUUGUAAAGUACGCUUUGAACGGGGGCCUAGAAUCCCAAUUUGCGAUCCUUCAAAUGAUUGACCCAGGGGAGUACUCCGCUGAGAUUGCUGAGGCUGCUUGCCGGCUUCUGCCAGACUCUUCACAAUUUGACAGGCAAGUCCAUGGACUCUACCUAAAACAUGCCAAAGGUGCUCUUGCCGAACAUGUACAGGUAAAAAUUGGCUCUCUCUAUAGUCUCAUUGAGGUGCAGGGUGACACAUUGCCAUGGGUGGCUUAUGGGUAUCUGCACCAAAACCUGGUUCAUUUCUAUCACGACCAGCUUUUGGGAUCCGAUCUAGAGAACACCAAUAUUUCUUCGCACCUACAAGCGAUGCUGAGAGAUCCUAAACAGGAGCAUAAUCAUGUUGUUUGGCUUCUGUUCAUGGCGUAUGUUACAGAGUACGUGGAGGUUACCAAUACAGUCGAUCGUAAGGUUCGUCCCGCCAUAUCGGUGUUUGCUGAAUAUGAGAAGGUUUAUCAGCAAAUUUUGAAAUUUAUCAGUCUUCAACUUGAGAAUGUCACUCGUAUUGAGCUUGCUGAGAUCAAAGCCGAGGAGUUGCCUUCAGAAAGUGGACUAUCACUGGCCGUGCACUUGCUGUAUACCAUGAGCAUGUCUCUAGGAUCGGUAGUGCGAAGCUGGUAUCGGGACGUACGUGAUCGCCGCCUACUGAAGAAUAUUGAGGAUACUCUGCAAGUUGCUGUCGUGCCUGCAGUUUUGCGCACCGUCGCCCACACCGCCCGUACCAUGCGGGAGCACGGACAGCUCGAAGGAACGUCUGUCUCUGAGCAAUUGCGGGAGUUCCGGGCUCUGGUGGAACUUGACGAUCAUUCGGUUGAGAUUGUGGUACAUCUGCCGAACCUGUAUCCCGCCAAGUCCGCGUCGGUCGAAAUCAAAAAUUUGGUGGGCGUGCCCGAGGCUAAGCGGCGGGCGUGGGUGCUUGAGGCCGAAUUUACUGUUCAAAAUGGUGCCAUCAUUAGUGCUAUGAGGGGACUGAUCUUAAAACUAAGCAACUUCUUGGAAGGAAUCGAGCCAUGUGCCAUUUGCUACCAGGUUGUACUCAAUGGCAAGCAGCUUCCAAACAAGAGUUGCUCCACAUGCCACAACACAUACCACACAGACUGUCUCUUCAAGUGGUUCAACAGUAACAAAUCAAGACUGUGCCCGAUGUGUCGGUCGUCAUUCUAG